AUGGCUUUAUGUGCCACUUUGGGCAUGCAUGCUAUAGGUUCACACUGGCAUUUCCUGUUUAAACAUGGAUCUGGAUCUUCAGCGAUUUUCAGUGCUGCCAGUCAGAACUAUCCUCUGACUUCUAACACAGUUUACUCACCGCCUCCCAGACCGCUUCCUAGAACGACUUUUUCACGGCCCGCUUUCGCUUUCAACAAGCCUUAUAGAUGUUGCAACUGGAAGUGCACCGCCUUGAGUGCGACGGCAAUCACAGUCACACUGGCCCUGUUGCUUGCUUAUGUUAUUGCAGUACAUUUAUGUGGUCUGACUUGGCACUUGCAACCAGUUGACGGGCAGCUUUAUGAAAAUGGACUCAGUAAAGGAAACGGACUCACAGAAUCUGUGGAUACAACAUACGCUCCCAUUGGAGGCAAAGUGUCGGAUAAAACAGAAAGGAAAGAUAUAGUAUUUCAGAAGGGACAGGCAAUAGACACGGGAGAAAUUGAAAUUGGAGAUCAGGUGAUGGAGACGAUCCCACCAGGCCUCUUUUGGCGGUUCCAGAUCACGAUCCAUCAUCCAUUGUACCUGAAAUUCAACGUCUCCCUGGCAAAAGAUUCCCUGCUUGGGAUCUAUGGCAGGCGCAAUAUUCCUCCCACUCACACCCAGGUAUGUUGUCUACUUUUUAAAAAGUUAACUGUUCCAUAGUGCAUUCUGCUCUCCGAAAUAAUAGAGAGGUUCACUCUUAAAUGGCUCAUUCAAGAACAGCCUUGCUUUUCAAUGUCUUCUGAACUUAAGGAGUCUUUUUUAUCACGAUUCUUUCUUAGCAAUUGAGAAUUUUUUCUUCAUUUUAUGUAAGCAGGCAAGGAGGAAAACAAUUUUGCCAAAUCUAUGAAACGCAGGAAAUCUUCCAACUGUAAUUUUAUUAAACAAUAGACAGUUGCUUAAGGAAUGCAGUGGCUCCG